CUAAGAGAAGGUGCGCAUGCGUGUAGCCCUAUGGAGGAGGUGGCUGCUUCGUCGUCGUGACUGGAGGCCGAGUGCUAAACUGUGUGGGGCACGGAUGAGACCCAGCUGUUAGUCGCUUUGUGUUAUUCUUGGAAAAUUUCGCACCACUUGUGAAUCCCUUGAGCCUGGGCAUUGCAAACCCACUUCUGUUGGGCCCAUCUCCUUUGCACUUUGCUCAGAUUAAGACUCAGUUGGCGCUUCAGCAGCUGAAUGUCGUUGCCUCACAUGGUUCAACAACACCUUAUAGUUUAUUAAAUCAGACAUUCUCGAAAGUAGCCAUGUCGAGACCCAGGUUUAAUCCUCGAGGGACCUUUCCACUUCAAAGGCCGAGAGCACCUAAUCUUCCUGGGAUGAGGCCUCCAGGACCAUUUAUGAGGCCUGGAUCUAUGGGUCUUCCAAGAUUUUACCCAGCAGGGAGAGCCCGUGGAAUUCCACACAGAUUUCCUGGCCAUGAAUCUUAUCAGAACAUGGGACCACAGAGAAUGAAUGUUCAGGUAACUCAACACCGAACUGAUCCAAGAUUAGCCAAAGAAAAAAUGGAUUUUCAUGAAGCACAACAAAAGAAGGAGAAACCUCAUAGUAGUCGGUGGGAUGAUGAGCCUCAUAUAACUCCACCAGUGGAAGUGAAACAGAGUUCUGUAACUCAGGUUACAGAGCAGAGUCCUAAAGUACAGAGCCGCUAUACAAAGGAGAGUGCCUCAAGUAUCUUAGCAAGUUUUGGAUUAUCAAAUGAAGACCUAGAAGAACUUAGUCGCUAUCCUGAUGAACAGCUAACUCCUGAAAAUAUGCCAUUAAUAUUGAGGGAUAUAAGAAUGCGAAAAAUGGGGCGCCGAUUACCUAAUUUACCUUCUCACAGCAGAAAUAAGGAAACACUUGGUAAAGAAACAGUUUCAAGUAACGUAAUUGAUUAUGGGCAUGCAAGCAAAUAUGGCUAUACAGAAGAUCCACUUGAAGUACGUAUUUAUGAUCCUGAAAUUCCAACUGAUGAGGUCAAGAAUGAAUUUCGGUCGCAGGAGAACAUUUCUGCAACUGUUCCCUCUCCAAAUGUGACACGUAAUUCCGUGUUUCCUGUGGAAGAUGUGUUUCGUCAGAUGGACUUCCCUGGUGAGUCCUCAAGUCAGUCCUUUUUCCCAGCUGAGAGUGGAACCAAAAUGACAGGCUUACACAUUUCAGGACAGUCAGUCCUUGAGCCUGUAAAGUCCGUCAGCCAGUCUCUUAGCCAAACAGUUAGCCAGACAAUGAGUCAGUCUCUUGUUCCUCCAUCUGUGAACCAGCCAUCCUUUUCCUCUGAAUUAAUUUCAGCUUUAAACCAGCAAGAGCGGAUCCCACAGAAGCCCGUGAUCAGUUCAGAUGAUGCACAUGUUGGACCUAGAGGAAGUAAAAAGAGUUACCAAUCAGAAGCUGACCUGCCCAUUCGGUCUCCAUUUGGGAUUGUGAAAGCUUCGUGGCUACCAAAGUUUACACAAGCUGGUACCCAGAAAAUGAAGAGACUGCCAACCCCUUCUAUGAUGAAUGAUUAUUAUGCGGCAUCUCCAAGAAUAUUUCCACAUUUGUGUUCUCUGUGUAACGUAGAAUGUAGUCAUUUGAAGGACUGGAUUCAGCAUCAAAAUACUUCCACCCAUAUUGAGAGUUGUCGGCAGUUACGUCAACAAUACCCUGAUUGGAACCCUGAGAUCCUCCCAUCUCGAAGAAAUGAGAGCAAUAGGAAAGAAAAUGAAACUCCAAGAAGACGUUCUCAUUCUCAUUCCCCCAGUCCUAGGCAUUCUAGGAGAUCAAGCUCAAGUCACAGAUACCAUCGAUCUCGAAGUCCAGCUCGUUAUAGAUAUAGACCAAGGAGUCGAAGUCCAAGAAUUUGCCAUAGUUUCGUUUCUAAAUACAGAUCCAGAUCCAGAUCCCGUUCUCCAUAUCGAAGCCGAAAUCUCGUUAGAAGAAGUCCAAAGUCCUACCGGUCAGUUAGCUCUGAAAGGACAUCAAGAAGAUCAGUAAGAUCAGAUAGAAAAAAGGCAGUAGAAGAUGGGGGACAACGUUCUGUACAUGGAACAGAAGUUAAUAAACAGAAAAACAUAGAAGCAGUUGAUAAAGGAUUCUUACCAGCACAAAAGCCUAAACUUGCCAGUGGAACAAAGCCAUCAGUGAAAUCUAUUCGGCCUCGGAAAGAUCUGUCUUUGAGUUCCAAUUCAAUUCUUCUUGUAUCUGAACUUCCAGAGGAUGGCUUUACUGAGGAAGAUAUUAGAAAAGCAUUCCAUCCAUUUGGGAACAUCACUGAUAUCCUUCUUGUUCCUUGUAGAAAUGAGGCUUACUUGGAGAUGGAGUAUAAAAAAGCAGUUACGGCAGUCAUGAGGCACACUGAAACAAUUCCUCUUGAAAUAAAAGGAAAAAUUGUGAAAGUAUGUGUUCCAGGAAGGAAAAAAGCACAGAAUAAAGAAGUGAAAAAGAAACCUUCAGAUUCUAAGAAGUUAUCUGCAUCUGCUUUAAAAAAAGAGACAGAUGCUUCAAAAACCAUUAAAACUCUUACUUCAGCUUCUUUUGCCAAAACUGGACGAAUAAAGCCAUCUACCUUCAAAGUGAACAAAUUUACAGGGAAAUCAGCGGGUUCUGUAAAAUCUGUGGUUACGGUAGCUGCAAAAGGUAAAGCUUUUAUCAAAACAGCAAAAUCUGGAAAGAAGUCUCUAGAAGCUAAAAAGUCUGGGAUUAUCAAAAACAAAGACUCCAAUAAACUCGUGACUAUACCAGCAAACUCUGAAAUCAAGACUAGUUCAAAAGACAGAGCCGCUGGAAAGAGUGCUGAAGAAACUACUUCAGAUACUUUGGAGACCUCAGAAAACGAACCAAUGAGCAAGGAAAUGGAGGAAAUGAGUGUGGUUUUUAUUUCUAAUUUGCCUAAUAAAGGAUAUUCUACAGAAGAAAUUUACAACUUAGCAAAACCAUUUGGUAGUUUGAAGGAUGUUUUAAUUUUAUUGUCUCAUAAAAAGGCAUAUAUAGAAAUAAACAAAAAAUCUGCAGAUUCUAUGGUAAAAUUUUACACUAGCUUCCCAGUAUCCAUGGAUGGAAAUCAGCUCUCUAUAAGUAUGGCUCCUGAGGAUAUGGACAUAAAAGAUGAGGAGGCUGUCUUUACAACCUUGAUUCAAGAAAGUAAUCCAAAGGCAAAUAUUGAUGAAAUUUACGACCGAUUUGUACAUUUUGACAAUGUACCUGAAGACGGACUUCAGUGUGUGCUAUGUGUUGGGCAUCAGUUUGGAACAGUGGAUCGCUAUGUGUUCAUGAGUAACAAAAACAAGGUGAUUCUUCAGUUAGAAAGUCCCGAAUCUGCUCUGUCAAUGUACAAUUUUCUGAAACAGUAUCCACAAAGCAUAGGAGACUAUGUGUUGACCUGUACUUUAUCUCCAAAGAUGGACUCAGAAGCUCAAACGGAGAGUGACCCAGAACUGGGGAAAGAAAGUACUUUUAGCCCUGACUUGAAAAACAGUCCUGUUGAUGAAAGUGAGGUACAAACAGCAGCCGAUAGUCCCUCUGUUAAACCUAGUGAGAUUGAAGAAGAAACUACUUGCAAUAUUGAAACAGAAACUUCAGUGCAGCAGGAAGAACUUGGUAAGGAAGAACCCAAACAAGCCUUGUAUGAGUCUGACUUUGUAAUUGAAACACUGGACCUGGAAGCUCAAGGAGCAGAGGUCAGCAUAGAAAUUCCUCUUGUAGCAUCCACUCCAGCUAAAACUGAGUUAUUCAGCGAAAAUAUGGAGGAAUCUGCCUUAAAUCAGCAGAUAUACACCAGUGACUUUGUGAAGGAAGAGACAGAAGUUACAAACCCCGAAACAGAAUUAUCAAUAUCUGACAGUGUCUUAGAAGAAAAGAACAUCAAGGGAAUUCUAGAAGAUUCUCCAUCUGAAGCAGAUAAAUCAUUUUCUGGUAUUGCACAACCCACAGUAGAAGCCAUUGCUGAAGUGGACAAACAUGAAACUGUUUCAGAAGUACUGCCAUCUGCUUGUGUUGUGACCCAAGAACCAGGAAGUUACAUUGAGGAUGAGAAGGUUCUGAGCAAAAAGGAUACUUCUGAAAAAAUUAGCAUGGAUGACAAGCAGGAAAAUGAAUUCAAUACUAAGGAAACCAGAAUGGAUUUACAAGUAGAAACAGAGAAAACUGAGAAGAAUGAAGCUGACACGUUUGUAGAAAAAUUGGAGAAGAUUAUAGCAGCAAUAAGAGAAAAGCCAGUAGAAAGUGCUGUAAUCAAGGCAGACCCAAAUAAAGGAGUGGGUGAGAGCAGUAAUCCUGAUGAAACUGGUAAAACUAGUGUGCCGACUGUAUCAAAUGUAUGUAAUAGUAAAACAAGCAUCAAGGCUGCUGUGGUGUCUUCCACUAAAGCAAAAAAUACAACUUCAAAAACUGAAAGUCAGAAAAAUUUUCCAAAACCUGUGCUUAGAGAUCAAAUAAUUGCUGAAAAGAAAGUUUCAGCCAAGGAAUUUGGUUUGCUUAAAAAUACCAGAUCAGACUUGACAGAAAGCAACAGUAAAUCCAAACCCACUCAGAGUGGUGUUAGCAGAGGAAGGAUCGCAGCCCUUCAGUGCAAGGAUUCUAAACUGGAUUACAAGGACAUAGCAAAACAGUCUCAGGAAACAGAGACCAAACCUCCCUCCAUGAAACGGGAUGACAGCAACUAUAAGGCAUUGGCUUUGCAGAGCACUAAGAAUUCUAAAAGUACUACUGGUAGAAGUUCCAAAUCGAAAGAGGAACCAUUAUUUACAUUUAAUUUGGAUGAAUUCGUUACUGUGGAUGAAGUCAUAGAAGAAGUAACUCCUUCUCAAGCCAAGCAGAAUCCAUUAAAGGGAAAAAGAAAAGAAGCUCUCAAAAUUUCUCCUUCCCCCGAACUUAACUUAAAAAAGAAAAAGGGGGAAACCUCAGUCCCUCACAGUGUUGAGGGAGAACUGUCCUUUGUAACGCUAGAUGAAAUUGGGGAAGAAGAAGAUGCAGCUGCACAAGCUUUAGUCACUGUGGAUGAAGUCAUUGAUGAAGAAGAGCUCAAUAUGGAAGAAAUGGUAAAAAAUUCUAACUCCCUUCUUACCUUAGAUGAACUAAUUGACCAAGAUGAUUGCAUUUCCCACAGUGAAUCUAAAGAUGUUACUGUUCUGUCCAUGGCCGAAGAACAAGAUCUUCAGCAGGAACGCUUGGUAACUGUGGAUGAAAUUGGAGAAGUAGAAGAAUCAGCAGACAUAACUUUUGCUACUUUGAAUUCAAAAAGAGAUGAAGGAACUACUGUAAGGGACUCUAUUGGGUUCAUUUCUUCCCAGGUGCCUGAAGACCCUUCUACUUUAGUUACUGUAGAUGAAAUACAAGAUGACAGAAGUGAUUUUCAUUUAGUGACUUUGGAUGAAGUAACUGAAGAGGAUGAAGAUUCUCUGGCUGAUUUUAAAAAUCUUAAAGAAGAACUUAAUUUUGUUACUGUGGAUGAAGUUGGAGAUGAAGAGGAUGGAGACAAUGAUUCAAAAGUUGAGUUAGCACAAGGCAAAAUUGACCACCAUCCAGAUAAAAAAGGAAAUAGAAAGAGGAAAGCCGUGGACCCAAAGAAGACAAAACUUGACUCUUUCUCCCAAGUAGGUCCAGGAAGUGAUACUGUUACAAAAGAUCUGAAAACCAUGAUUGAAAGACCUACGGCAGCUAAAACACCAAUGAAGAGAGUUAGAAUUGGGAAAGCAUCACCCUCACAAAAAGCUGUAAUGGCAGAACCAGCAAAAGGCAAAGAAGCCUUCCAAAUGAAUGAAGGAGUUGAAGAAGCUGAAUUAAACGAUUCAGAGCCUGAUGAAAAGCGCAUGAAGACCGAAGACUCUCCUGUAGGCAAAUCAGUGACAGCUGAUGUGCCGGGAGAUUUGGACUUCCUUGUUCCAAAGGCUGGGUUUUUCUGCCCAAUUUGCUCCCUCUUCUACUCAGAUGAAAAAGCAAUGGCAAAUCACUGCAAGAGCAAACGUCAUAAGCAAAAUACAGAGAAGUUCAUGGCCAAGCAAAGAAAGGAAAAGGAGCAGAAUGAGACUGAAGAAAGAAGCUCUAGGUGAUGGGAAAAAGAAGAAAACUCAUUAGAAAUUCAUUUAGGGUCCAGUUGAUUUGUGUAUUUUUGUUAUCAUUUAAUUUGUAAUUUCUGUUUCAGAAACAUAUUCAUGUUGUACAAAUUUCUGAUCGCCCUUGAUGUAGAGAAACUGAUGGGAAAAGUAUGAUGGGUUUGAUUUUUAUAUCAAAUCAUCAGGCAUGGAAAGAUACCUUUUAGAAGUGUUAAAAUAAAUGUUGCUACUGUAUAUUUCAA